GAAGAAGAGAGGGAAAAAAGGGGGAAUUCACGGGUCGAAGCAUUCUCCCGAAAGUCAAAAAGUUCGUAUUUGGAUCGGAAGACGAAUGCUCCAGGAUGCUAGCCAAUACCUUAAUUGGGAACAAAUAAUGUGAGACUUAGGAACACAAAACUGUUACCUACAUGCUUCUUUCUCCUGGAAAUAAUGAAAACUGCUAAAUAACACUUAAUGACACCAUCUGUUGAGCUUAGCCGCUCAUUAAAGGUACGCUUAAUGAACAUGGAUAACAACGGAGCUUCAAAGUCAAGUACCUCCUAUCUACUUAUCGUUCAACAACUUUAGCUGCCCAUGUUGAAGACCCGAAAAUUUAGUAUUAUUCCUGUUCGUUGCACUCGGUUGAACAUAAAUAAAAGUCAGGAUGACAGUGAUCGCGGCGACCCCUUGGAUUGUGCAAAAACAGGGCUCACCAGUAAGGAAAGAGAUGAUGGGGGAAAAGUAUUUCCUCUUAUUGCAAAAACGCAUAUUCAUGACUGCAUACCUCUGAUUUUUAUCAACGCUUUUGAGAGGCUGAAAAUAAGAGUGCUCUUGCUUCUUGAUCUUCGAUAACCGCGAAUAAAUCUUCGUGGGAGGCAAUUUUCGCUUUCUUUUUUGCCGGACGAGCUGUGCGAAGUGGUCGUUGGAGGUGCCCGGAGGAGGAAGUUUCAGGCACUCAUGGAAACACAACUCCCUCCAACAGGAUGCUGCAAACCGUUUGUAGCAGUGGCAUGUUUGUUUCCGCUCCAAAUAUUGGUGGGGGCAAUAUUUGGCCAAUCCGCAGGAAUGCUCCCGCAGCUGCUCGAAGGAGACAGUUGGAUACGCAUUGACAGAGAAGAGGCAACUUGGAUUGCAAGUUUACCGACGAUUGGAACAUGCGUAGCAGCGACUGUCAGCGGGUCCUUGUCGGAUACCCAUGGCCGUAUACGUGUAACUCAAGUGGCUUAUUUUUUCAUCGGCAUGGGAUUCGCUGUCAUGGCGACAGCGAACAAUUUUACAAUGCUUGCUCUGGGUCGAUUUAUGGGAGGACUUGGAAUAGGUUGCUAUUUCCCAGCCCUGCUGUACGUCUCAGAGAUAGCCCCAGUGGCCCACCGCAGCAUACUCCUGGCACUCAACGGCCUGAUGGCAUCGGCAGGUCUCGUCUACAUCUACAUCCUAGGCGGCUAUUACCCAUGGCCCAUAGCCGCCACCGCUUCCUGUCUCCUGGCCAUCCUCGGCCUCCUCCUCACCCUCUUCCUCUACGACUCCCCGGUCUGGCUAGUCCGACACGAUCGUCUAGAAACCGCCCGUAAGAGCCUCUACCGCAUCGAAAAUCCCGCCAACGUCGAAGCCACGUUGAAACAGCUCCAAGAGACCGCCUCCAGCCAGCCCAAAUGCGAUUUCACUCUGAAGGUAUUCGUGGAGCCGAUCGUUUGGAAGCCGUUCUUGAUCAUUCUCGCACUGUCCGUCUUACAGAACCUAGCGGGUUUCUAUAUCAUAAUCGCGUACACGGUGCAAUUCAUGAGGGAGUUCCACUCCACGUUCGACCCACUCCAAGUUACAGUCGCCAUAGGGGUGUUUAGACUGAUGGCCAUAGCGCUAUCUGCCGUUUUGUUCAGGUACUUCGGACGGAAAACUAUAGGCGCUGUCUCCGGGUUCGGAGCCGCGACCUGCCUCUUGGCUACGUACGCGCACUGGAAGUUCAGUGCGACGGUGGCGCCCCUGGCGGAGAACCAGUGGAUCCCGAUUAUGCUCUUCCUGGCCUACGUGUUCUUCAUGUCGAUGGGGAUAUUCCCUCUACCGUGGACGAUCCCGUACGAGGUGUAUCCUAUUAAAGUUCGUGGGAUGAUGUGUGGGGUGAGUUUCUGCUCCAUGUAUGUGAUCAUGUUCGUGGCGGUGAAGAUGUACAACAUCCUCAUGGAUAAUCUGCGCCUGGAGGGCACGAUACUGCUGUUCGCGGCGGGGUCUUUGUUGUUCGGUGUUUUUUCGGUGACGAUUCUGAUCGAGACGCAUCGAAAAACGCUCGAUGAGAUUGAACAGUAUUUUGCUGGUGGCAGAGGGAAAGGGAAGUGAGAUAACUGACAACAGCAGCAAGCCGAUUAUUGAAAUUGAUAGACAAAGCGAUCGUCAAAUGGGAAAUUGAGCAAUCCUAUAGGUGGAAACGGGAGGUUGCAAUGAACAAAGGAUUUAAGUAAUAGACUAACUAACGGCAACCCACGAGAGACCCGAUA